AUUUAGCACCUUUUUCCAAUGUUGCGGUACUUAUUGUUUGUUGUAUGCAAUGUGUUAAUGUUACCUACACCGUUAUCUUGCAUUCUUACAGAGAAUAUGAUAUCAGAAUCUAUAGCGGCUUACCAAAUCAAUUUCGAGUUAUCAAUUAUACCCCAUGCAAGCUGAGUUUUUCCUUCCUGUAAUUCAACAUUGACCCUGAGAUGUCAAGUCAUCAUUCACUUAGCCCGCGGAAAAUCUGUAGUAACCAAAGCCAACCUGAUAUUAGAAGGCAUGAAAAUUCAUGUAAUUCAUUGAUUAUCGGUGUAUCCACUAGCAGCGAAAUUAGUGAUAGUCAUAAUUCAGAACCCGAAAUUAUUGAAGACAAACCUCCUAGUCCUUUGUCACUUCAACAAGAUGGUGUUUUCUCUUUAGUUCAAAGCCCACCCUUUGAAAAUGAUCAGUUGGAUUCUGUUUCUCCCGAAAAUCUGCUUUUGAAUCUACUUAUUGACUCAAACAAUCAAACAUUAAUUAACCUAUCUGAAAUUGAUUCCACUGUUGCUGACCAAAAACGCGAACUUGCCCCUAUCACAAAUGUACGGAAUCCUGAUCUGCAAAAUAUGACUCCAUCAGAAAGAGCAAACUCAGUCUCUGGUGAUAUAUCAAAUCCAAACUGUUCACAUGUAGUUAAAAGUUUUCGAAAGCCGAAAUACAGUCUACGUGAUGGCGUUUCACAGCAACCCAUUACAGAUUACAUCUCUGCCUCAACUAUCGGAAGCUCAGACCCUGUCUUUUCCUUGACAACCAGAGAAACUAACUUAUCAUUAAUAGCAUCCAGGAAGAGUGUAAAAGAACUUUAUGGACAACCAAGCUGGUGGGGUGAUGGUGAUAGCGACUAUUCCUAUCCACAUACCUCUUCUUUUGGAAAUAAAGAAACUGUGCAUCCUGUUGUCGCUUCACGCAAAUACAGUAUGAAAACGGAUAUUAAUUUAACAUCUAAGGAAAAUUCUACUCGACCUCCUGCUGAAGCAUUUGUUAUAGAUUUUAGUUCUUCGAAACCUCGUUUAGAAAGACCUGCAUCAAUAUCUGGUAGUCUUAGCCAAUGUGUUCCUCUGAAGCUUCGUCAAGGUUUAGAUGAAAGGGAAAGGAGGAAAAAGGAGAAACAAUUAGAAGUUAGAAAGCAAUCUACAUCCGGAAUAGUAAAUAAAAAUACAGUGACUACCAUGUCAAAUUCGAAAUCCAGUACUACAACAAUACAAAGUAAGACAAAUAUGAAUGAAAUUCAGAAGAUCCGUUCUCGUGGUGCAUCAUUAUCUGCUAAAGGUUCUACAGUACGUACUUCAAACACCACCAGCAGUGUCACCGCCACAACGACUACUACCUCUGGGAGGUUAUCCAGUACAACCAUAGACAAGAAACCUCAAGUCAUUGUGACGAAAUUAGACAAGCGAAUAACUAGUAAACCUGACCCAUCGUUACGUACAGGACGGGUAGAUUGUACAACAAAUCUCACUUCUAGUAGUACAAAUGCUUCAAGAUCUAAUCUUACUGAUCGUUCUAGAGGAAGAUUAUUUAAUCAAACUAACAUUAAAGGACCUACACAGUCAAACAGAACAAAUGUUAAACCUCCAUUCUCGGUUGGUGGACGUCGAAUUUCCGCCGGUGCUGCAUCACUAACAAGUCAACGUACAGCUCCUAGCCAAUUAAAUCGAUCCAAAGUUUCAGUGGUAACACGUGGUUCAGUACACUUGUCUACUACAGGUUUAACAGAUUCACGUUCUAAUCUACGUGGGGCAUCGUCUGCAACUAGACAGUCAACUGUACAAUAUCGUGGUGUUAAUCGUAGCUUUAUGACACCGACAACAAGUUCCGAUGCAAAACAAGUAAAAACAAGAGAAUCUAUUCGCUCAAUGCCAAAUGAAAGUCCAAUCUCUUCAUCACCUAAAUGUGAUUCUCGUCGAACUUAUGAAUCACCUAUAGGAAAUAGUGCUAAAAAACCCAUAACAAGUACAUUUUUACGUCGUGGUACUACUCAAGGACGUGUUGGAAUCUGUCGUAAAUUAUCUACUGAUAAUAUUAAUCAAUACUCGAACACUAAUAAAUCUUCAUUAUGUGUCUCUGAUCGAAUAGCAUCUGUAGUUUCUACCAUUGAAGCUUACGAUGAUCCAAAAGCUUAUUUAUUUUAUCGAAUGUUUCAAGGUGUAGAAGAAAUUGAAACCACAACAACUGAUGGUAUAUUUCAAGCAUUUUCACCAUAUUCAUCAAUGGACUUUCAAAAACACUUUUCAUCUGAAUCCAAUGAUACAAAUGAACAAUUAGAUUAUCAUUUACAUGGUUAUGGCAUCAAUGAAAAAUUUCAAAAUUUUCAAACGAAUUCGAAUGUACAAAAUAAAUUUUCUGGGUUACUUUCGAUUGAUGAUGAAGAAACACCUUAUCAAGAUCUUCCUUCUCAUCGUUCUGAUUUAACAACCAUAUCAACUUCAAACAGUAGGACAUUAGCAACAAAAACUCCAAUGUAUUUAUCGAAAUGUUAUACAAAUGAAAUCCCGACAGAUCAAGCUCAAAAUAUCGUUAAAUCUUCAACUGUAUCCAAUAAUAAAAUUAACUGUACAAUACAUGAGAAUGAUGAUGCAACAAUGGAUCCAACAUUAAAAUCAAUGAACCUAUCCAUGUUUGUUAGUACUUCUGUCAUUAGUUUAACACCAAGUCAAACAGGAACUUAUGUAAUUGAUGGAGGCGAUUGUAUUGAUGAUGAUAAUGAAGAUAAUAUUAAUAAUACAAAUCAAGAUUUCUUACAGCAUUCCGAUGAGCAAAAUAUUCAUUUAUCUAAAGAUAAUGACUUAUUAACACCACGUGGAAGUCCUAUAGGAGAUAUUACGGCAGCGGGUGAAGUACUGAAUCGUCAAUCUACCAAUCGUUUGUCGAAUAAUCAACAAACAAAACAAUUGCAACAGUUUGCGAAAGAUUUUGAGAACUCCAUGUUGUCUGUUGAACAUGUACAAACACAUACAGCAGCGCAUCAUCAAUAUUCUGGGAAUAAACGAUUGAAUGAUUCCAUUUCUACAGUAGAUUUAACUAAAACCUCAUCAAUUGAGAAACCUUUAUGCAUAACUAGUUCAACUGUAUGUCUUACUGAAACUCAUGACAAUACACUACAGGAUUCUAAAAAUAAAAAAGAUGUUUUACCAUGUGUAAUUGAUAACUUAGAAGAUUCUGAUCAUGUUGGGGCCUCGUUAACUAGUUUAACACCAAGUCACACAGGUACUUAUAUUCUUGAUAUAGAUGAUACAUUAAUUGCACAAGGUGUCCUACCUGUCAUUAUUCGUAGCCGUGAAACUUUAGCUUCUUCAGUAACAACAAUCGAUUCUGGUCUAAAUGUUGAAUCAGCGAUGAAUACACACGGCGUCAUUGUAGAAAAUAUUACACCCAGAGGUAGUCCCAUUUCAAAAGAGAAAUUAUGGCAUAUUGUAGAAAAUGAUAAUGAUGAUAAAGGCAGAGACAACGACCUGGUGCUGGUCACAUCAAAUCAAAGCGGUAGACCAUACAAUAUUCCAUUUGAUAAUUGUGAUAACGAAUUAACUGGACAAUUUACAAUCGAGUCGUUAAGAGCUGAAUUUGAAGAUACGUAUAAAUUACUCCCAUCACCUAAUCAAUUUGUUGAUGGUACUGAUAGUAGUGGUAACGAUAUGAAUAUUGUGGAAUCAUCAAUACCGCAAUCCGAAUCUCAUAGAUCACAAAUGAAAACAACUAAUACACAUUCUGUACAAGGGAAAGAAUCUAAUCGAACAAUGCCCUUAGUGAAUACUUCAAAUUUUACAUUACAACAUAUAAAUUAUUUUGUUAAGCCUAAAUCAAUCAAUUGUGCUGAAGUAUCAAAUAAUCUUCAAAAUGAUUUAAUUACCAAACAAAGUAUUAUUCACAAUACAUAUACACAGAAUAAUGAAAAAUAUUCCAGUGUUCAUAUUCCCCUUAAUGAUGGAGUUUCUCUUCCAACAACGGUUAGUCUAAAAUUGCCUGAUAGUUCUUCUUCAAACUCUUCUUCAUCAAACAAUACAUCUACAUCAUCUUCAUGUUCAAAUCAUAUUUUGAAGUACAACAGAGAAUUGACAGAUGAAUUAGAUCUAAACAAUCAGAACAUUGAACGUUUUGAUCUGAUGCAUAAUUUAAAUAACGAGAAUAAUAACAACAUGAAUGAACAUCAUCAUCAUUUCGCCUAUAAUACUUAUAUAAAACGAAGAGAUUCCGAAAAUUAUGAACAUUCAAAACUUUUGUAUAAUAAUAAUAAUAAUGCCAUUCCAUUUACAACUGGGAAUCAGUUAUUCAAUGUAUCUGAGACUAUUGGAAAUCAUUGUCAUAUAACAAUUAGUAAACGAGAUAAUGCAACAAUUACAAAUGUACAGUCAAUAAAUAACAAUAGUAAUUGUACAAAAAUAACAUCUACUACACCAUUUUCAUCAUCAUUUCGUGAUCCAAAUACUAUGAAUCAAUUAUUAACAAGACUGAAUUCUAUACCUACUACUCACUAUUCUCGACCUGAUCAAUCCCGAAAUAUAAUUCGUACACAUUCAUGCAGUCGUGGAAAAUCUCGAUAUUACUCACAUGGAUCAGCAUCUGUACCAGAUCCAGCAUCUCCUGUUCGUUCAUGGUCAUCUAUAUCUUCCGGAACUGAGCACAGUUUAACAAAUCGAAUUGUUUGCAAAUCCCGUAAACAACUGAAUGAUCAAACUGAUUCCGGUUUUAUUGAAACCAGUUAUUUAAUGAAAACAUUGAAUACGAACAAGCCGUUGCCACAGAAUUCCAGUUCAACAUACCUAGGAAAGAAAUCUGAUCAUUUCCACAAUUCAUAUGAUGAUAAUCGUACAACAAAUUUAUCGCAAUAUAAUGAAGAUAUAAAAUCUAAAAAAUCAAAUGAAAUCGAUUCACGAACAUAUACACGUCGAAAGCAUUCUCGUUCUAAUGAUCAGAAUGAUCCACAGAAAUAUUUGACUACGUUAGAUGCUGAAUCUUAUCAAACUUGGGUAGCUCGAAUGUCCGAACUUGCUCAAGGUCUUAAUAGUCUGGCUAAAGAACCGCUAUUUCAAUCCGAUGGAAGUUGUAGUGAAGAGAAUAAAAAUGAAUUUGAACCAAUAAACAGAUUGUAUCCAGAUGUUAGAACAAUUAAUUUACCAUUAAUAAAUGAUAAUACACAAACUAUACCUACAUUACCAGAUAGUACUACAGAUCCAGGUCUAUCGGAAAUUGUUGAAUGUUCCGCUUUCACUACACCAUUACCUCAUCAUACAUUAGAAACAAUGUUAUCAGUUACUCCGGAAAAUUUAUCAAAUUUUCAAAAAUUUUCUCAAACUAUUUUAAAUCGUAAUAAUACUAAGAAAGUAUAUCUUCCUAUUAUACAAAAUGGUACAGAUGAAAAAUUUACUGAUUUUAUUCUUUCAUCUCAAUCAUUCCAAUUAAAUCCAAAUUUUGAUCCGGAUAGUUCUGAUCCAAACGAAUCUGCUAUUUACUAUUCACUCAUGGUUGAUACAAUCCGGUAUCUGUCUAUAAAACUACGUCAAUUCUCCGAUAAAUUAGCCUAUCGAUUAAGUCAUAAUCAACAACAAACUAACGCGAGUGGAAGUAAUACUACUGAAUUAAGUAGUCGUUUUGUAUCUACACAACAGAAUCGAGAUGAUGUACAAUCAUCAACAAAAUAUGCCUUACAUGAUACAUUUGAAAAUAUGAAAGCAGUUAAUCAACAACUUCAAGUGGUUGGCAAAUUGUUGUUUUCCAAAAAUAAUGAUAAUACUAUGAAUGAGUUAAAUCAAAUAGACAACGCUACAAGUUGUGAAUAUCUACAUAAAUUGGAACAAUUCAAUCAAGAACUGUAUCGUUUUAUACCGAUUGAACCGGCAAAUAUUCAUCAUAAUCAUAACAACAUUAAUACUACUACAACUACUGAUAAAUUUAUUCAAAUCCCAAAUACAAAUUUACAAUCAGUAUUAACUAGUGAACAACAGUUAAAUGUUGGCAGUAAAUCUACGCAUGUUAGUACCAAUCAAGUAAUGAUGAAUACAACUUCUGCGUUAAAUACACAAUUCACAACCGAUGACAAUACUAAUAGUAUUACUAUUAAUAAUAAUAGUACAUCUACACAUCUUUCUCAUCCUUUCACUUCUAUGACUACCACUACUAAUACUACUACUACCAUUACUACUGUACACUCAUCCAAUAUUCAUGUUAUCUCUUUAACUGAAAAGUCAAAUGAUAUGAUCAAUAAACAAGAGUUAUUGGAAGAUGAAUACUACUAAUCAUAUUGAUAAUAAAUAGUAUUAUUGAUAGUAAUAGACUACAGUUAAAUAUUGUAUUAUCACCUCUGUUUUUUUUGUGUGUCUGUGUUCCAUUAUUUCUUCUCUUCUUUUUGUGCAUGUGAGCUAUAUGCAAUCACGAACAAACAAACAAAAAAAAAAGAGAAUAAAUCCGGUGUAUGUAUGAUGUGCAAUAUUAUGCAAUUGAUGAAUCCAUUAAUUAUAUUUAUUUAUAAUUUGCUUCUUUUUCAUGUAUUAUCAUUUAUUUUUUAUUAUUUUGCUUCAUUGUUUUUUUUUUCAAUUAUUAGAAAUAUUUCUAAAGUGUAUUCAUUGUAAGCCUAAGAGGUUUCUUUUCCCUCUCAAAGAGGGGGUUAUUUAUCGUAUAUUUCAUUCUAUGUGCUUUUUGUUUGUCUGUUUUUUUAAAAAAAGAAAAAAAAACUAUUCACAACUAUUUCUGUGCUUAUUUACACUUACAUGUACUCUAUCAUCAUGCUCCUUAUUGUUUACCCCCCACCCUCCCUUCCUGCACCUAUACACCUCACCAUCAUUGGCCUUCUAUUGAGUAACAUGCCGUGUAUAUUUUGUUUACUGAAAGAGAAAUAAUCUAAAUUCUACAUAAUAUUUAUUGUUUACCUGUUUAUUGAUUGACACUCUUCUGUCGUUUUUUUUUCAUUUCUUAUCUAUUUAUUUUGAUUUCUUUUAUCUUAGGGAAAUUUUUCUUUUUUUUGUAUGUUCUUUUUCGGUUUAUUUGUCGUUGUUGUUUUGUUUUUUUUUUUUAAAUUAUAACAAUGUCAUUUUCUUUGAAAAUUGUUUACAUUAUGAAAUGUGAAAACUGUUGAAUAACUACUGAACAAAUGCUUCAUUCUAGUUCAAUUGUCUACUACUACUACUACUACUACUAUUACUGAAGAAGAAUCUUAAGCUAAGACGAAACAUGUGUUCUAUUGAAUACUUCUUAAUUGUCAGUAAUUAUUUUACUAGUUUUAAUCAAUUACCCAAUAUGUUAAUCACUUUUUCAAUUGAACACAAUCAUCAUCAUCAUCAUCAGUAUAAAAUAUUGUUCCGUUUGAGUUACACCUUCAUUGAAUGAAUGUAAUAGGAGUGAAUGAUAACAUGCAACAAACAAUUUGUAUUUUCCUUUUUCUAUCUAACUUAUUAUCAUUGUUGGUGAUAGUAUUUUCUCAUUAGUUCAUUAUCUAUUUCUACUAUUUCCUAUUAUUCCUUCCCUCAUCCCCCCCCUUAAAAAAAUCAACCUAUUCCAUUUUCAAAGAUAAAUUAUUCGCUGUACAAUAUUAAAUAAAUCAAUAAUGACACAGUUACCAUUUUCUUUAUUUUAUGCCUUAUUAUUAUUAUUAUUGUUGUCUAUUCUUUUGUUUAUUAAUUUGUUGAUUUAAUUGUGCAAAUAUUGAUUUUCUUUGAAUGUUUUAUUUUCAAUUUUUAUGUAUUAUGUAAUUUUAUUUUGUCUUAAUUUAUCAAUUAGAGUUAUUGUACAGAAAUAGAAGUUUGAAAGAUGAAAUGUGAAUUAUUGAGAUGCUUACUUUCCACCCCCCCUCCCACCACCACCACCACCAGCCCCCUUCCCCCAGCAAAUCUAUUUAUUAACAUGACUAACUGUAUGUAUGAAUGUUUAGUAGCUUGAAAGCAUUAAAUAUAUAUGUAUUUGUAUAUCUGUACACAUAGGUGAUAUGAAUUACUUUCUUUAUGUUGACACCCUAUUGUUGUCUGUUUGAUUUCUUUAUUUACCGGUUUGAUUACUGUAACUGUUAGAUAUUUCAUAAAUUUGAAGCUUUCAUUUUACCUACUUACAUAUAUAUAUACACACACACAUACACAUUCUCUUUCCCUAUCAAUAUGUUUCAAUUAAGUUCAAAAUAUAAUAGAGAUAUACAAUUU